UAUAAGCCGCUGGUUGAGACGCUGCUACGGUUCAGUAGACGCGUCGACACCCCGGUGAUACGGAACGUUUGCCACCUGUUCCUCUUCAUCGCCUGCAAACCAUGUCCCCUUCGACGCUGGUGGCCAUGCUGAUGGUGCUGGUGGCCUCUGCUUCCGUCUCGAUGGCCAACAUGGGCGAAAGCCAGAAGCCCAACAUGCCACACGUCUUCCAGAACGAGAAACAGCUCUCCCAGUACCUGCAGGCUCUCGACGACUACUACCUGUUGCUCGGAAAACCGAGGUUUGGGAGGAGUUUUCAAGACAGCUUCGAAGUCAAGCGAUGGAACCUGCCAUAUACGGAAUUGCUUCGAACAGUGUGACAUUCAGCAGCCACCGGAAGAAGAAACUGAUCCAUCCACCACGCCAAAUGAUCAAAAAUAAAAGUAAUCAA